CGCCAGUGUUUUACGUGUUUUUUUUUCCUCUCACCUGUUUGCCGACUUUCGCCGUCGAUCGGUUAAUAAUCAAAUCGUUUGCGCGUUAUCGCGAUCGAUAAGGAAAAGAGCUUAACGUUCAAGUAGAUCCCAUCGCUGCGCAGCCUAUAUAAAACGACUAUGCUCGCACGAUUUUCUUAAUUACAGUCCACGGCACAAUUAUUACCGCAGUCGCACGAAUGGUAACGCGAACCGACGAUUCGUAAUCGGCAUUCGAGUCCUCGCAUGCGUGUUUACAAACACAAUAUUGAGUGUAAAUAUCAAACGACUCGUCCAUACGCUCGAUGCAUAUAAAUUCGCAAAUCUCGUCGUGUGAUUUAGUUUGUGCUACUAUAGAGUUUGUAUUACAACGCUACUGCGUUAAUUCGCGAAACUUCUCUCUCUCUCUUUCUCUCUCUCGUGCGAUCGAUCGCUCGCGAUAAUAACUCGCGAUCGCCCAGUGAUAGCGAAAGCCGUUAACUUUAAGGAAGAUAUCUCGGCCUCCUUCGUCUCUCGUUAAAUCGGCUGUGACUUCCACUUUGCGCGGAAAAAUGAGGUUCGUGGUGUUCGGGCUUAUUCUGCUCUGCUGCUACGUCUCGGCAAUAGAGACGAACGAUUAUUUUAUAGACAAUCACCCACAGAAACGUACGAAGUUUGAGAAUAUGCUUGAGAGUAUGAAGAUUAUUAUGAGGACUGGAAAUGAUACUCUCGGAAUUCCCGUCCUCGAUCCUUUCACUGCGGAUGAGAUUCCAAUUCAAAUUGACGAAGAAAUGAUAAAGCUAGACGCGCUUUUGGAGAACGUGAAUGUACAGGGUUUAUCCGAGUACGAUGUAAACAGUGGUGAUUUUAAAAUAGUUGGUCUGAAAAUUGAAAUGAACCUUACUUGGCCGCUAGUAGUCGCGAGUACCAAAUAUGCUCUGGAAGGUAAAACCAGUGACUUCGAGAUUUUCGGCAAAGGUGACGUAAAUUUAUCCGCGAGGGGCUUCAAUUUCGUGACAGUAAUGUACUUUAUGAUAAAUGGCAAAUAUCUCAAAGUAAAGUCCAUGGAAACGGAACUUUCCCUGAAAGAGCUAGAUUUUAAGGCAACUGGCCUUUUCGACGAUGAGGAAUUAUCCGAAUUAAUAAGCGCCGUAAUUUCCGACAUGGUGCCUCAGCUGAUCGACGAUUAUCAGGACACGGUUACGGAAAAGCUUAAUGGCGUCGUCAUGAAUGUACUCAAUGAGUUCCUCUCCGAUAAAACUCUCGGGGAUUUAUUGAAAUUGUUAGGUUAGGUUAACGGUAUCAGCCGUUUUGUUAUAUAAAGAAACGAAAGAAAUUAGUUUAUACCUAUUUCGUAAGUAAUUUUUUAAAAUUAUAAAUAAAAAGAAUUUUAAAGUA